AUGUCUUCAGACAGCAGCGACACUAAACCCACGACUAAGGAUGAUGAUGAUUUCAAAUAUAACCCUGAGCUCAACUACCCUAUGGUCAAACUGGCUGACCUGCCCGAACCCCCCAGCAAUUGGCGUGUUUGCGGGCGAACAGCAACUGAAGCCUCAAAAGCUCGUAAAGCAACCAGUGAAGAGGCUAAAAGGUGGGUAAGGUUUCACAGUUGGGGAAUCGAUAUGGGUGUGAAGGGCGACUUAACCAACCUCAGGUGCUUCAAAGUUCUAUGGAAGCUCUUCUACUACCAGCAAGACAAACACCGACCGCAGAACUUCGAGCAGAUAAAGGACUUCCAGAUGAGAGAUGCUGGCCCUCGGCUAUUGCAAUGUUCACUAGAUGAUCCAGAUCUCCUUCCCAUUAGCAGGUUCUAUCCUCAUCCACCACCCACCACUAAAAUCCCAAGUGAGGGGUUCCACAGGCCCCUCGACGCUCUACAGUCCAGGCCCGACAGCCAUAUAGAACAGAUGCUGUAUCCAGUUUAUGGCGAACCGAAAGAAGUCAACAAUGCUCUUGAAGAGAUCGAGGUAUCACCCGCUCAGUCUACGAACAAUAGUAUGGGGAAUAGCAACAAACGCAAUUUGCAUCUUCCCAAGGUCAUGGCUCGAACUGUUAUUGAGGCCGUUGAACGGGCUGUCAUGCAAUUUGCUUAUGAAGAUCUCGCACGGCAUCGCAGCGCUGCUACCCAAGAUGGCCGAGUACAUCUGACCGCGACGACAGAAGAAGACCUUCAGCAAGCCAACAUCGGAUCAUUCCCCGCAACAUCCCAUGUGAAGCUCGCUACGGACCCUGAUAAUCCAUGUGGACUGAUUUUCAGUGCAGACGGCGAUAAGUACCCUUAUCGAGGUCGGGGACCUGUGUACUGCAACAACUCUUCUGCCAUUGACAGUAUCAUUGUAGUCGGCAAGUUGCUCGAUGCCGGAUCCACCGUCAUCGACCGCAAAGACCCCGAAUGGUGCGAGCGCUUCACGAAUGUGGAGAAAGCCUUUAUUGAAGCCACUGAUGUUAACUGGGAUCUCUGCUCAAGAGGAAACUCCCGAGAUCGCUUUUGGUCGAUGAUGGCGGCGGCGACUGAAAGCGCCGGGGCGGAUGCACAAUCAUCUCUCCUUGACAUGUGGAGAGUAUCGACCGACCACUUUGGCCAGUUCUUGUUCACGUAUCAUGAGCAAAUCGCCUUUUGCCCCCCGUGCACAGAGAAUGCCACGGACGCUGCGCACCAUAGUUGCGCAAUUGUGAUGCCGCCUACAUGCCCGGAAGACACGAAGGGCGUAUCGAUGCAGCAGUUGAUCUCCCGCUCAUUUGCAUCUGAGUAUAUCACCCGUUGUGGUGAAUGUCAAGAUAAAGCCGUGGUAUGUCGGAGGAAGCUGCAUGAUCUGCCGAUUCGCUUAGCUGUAACUCUAGAUGGUACUGUGCCCGUCAAGAAACACACCCGAGACGUCUCUUUUGACUACAUUACGAAGGAGGGCAAGCGAGGGACAGCAGCAUACCGCUGGCUAGGUGGGAUCUACUCCAAGGACAAUCAUUAUCGAGUUUACUGGAGUGAUAAUGAACGGGGCGAAGCCGACACUGGUGAAAUCAAAAUAUAUGACAGCGCUAUGCUUUCAGGCGUCAUCGUCGGGGGUAUCGCUCAAGCGCACAGGGACGACAAAGUACCCGAAUCCUGGUGGAAAAACAAGCCUGUUCCACUCCUCUUCUACGAACGUAUCAUGAAUCCCGACGAUGAGGUUAUCAACGUGGCCUUGCAUGCGUUAGGUGACAUGGUUAAUAUCAAGAGCCAGCAGAGGUUACUCCUCCAGGGGCAUAUUUCCUGGACCCCAUCUGAAGCCCCCAAAGCUCGGAUGGGUUUUCCAUGGAGGCGAGCUAUCAACUGCAAGGAAGACCGUUACCUUCUGGCCACGGGGGCCUAUGACCCAGAAACCCGCGGCCAGACGUUGAAUGGUUCUUUAGGCGUGGGUCAUUAUGCUAACACACUGGAUCCAUCGCUAACUAGUCCAUAUAAGAUGAAUGUCCGUUACCUGACAUCCCCGCUGCCCGAUCCAGAACCACAAAUGAUUGGAAUACCGGCAACCUCCUCACUUUACGGUGCUCCGACUUUGUCCAUUUUUCAUGAAGUCCCACCUCUCCUCGCCCUCGCCGACAGCACUGCAUUGCGUAAUACGGAGAUUAGCACACAGGAUCCUGCACAGCUCAAUGGACGACAUCAAGAACGGAAUACCUCACAGUACGAUGCACAGUCCAGCUCACAGCAUAGCAUUCAGCCACAUUCAGAACAGUAUAAUGCGCAGCACCACCACGAUAAUCUUUCGAAUGUACCGUAUCAGGGGCCGUAUAAUACACAGUACGAUGCGCAGGCGGGUUCCCAGGGGCGAGAGCGGUACAACAUGCAGCACAGCCACACUCCGUACAAUGGAUAUUACAACAUACAGCCGAGUACGCAUAAUGAGCGCAGCACACAACUUACUUCAUUGCUGAAUAUGCAGAAUGAUAUACAUAAAGAUCCUUUCCUUGAUGUGGGCUCGACUGCGGACGGGAUAGAGCUCCUCGAUCAUGUUUUUGGACCGCCCGAGCUCACCCCGGGGAUGUUUGUCACCCCAGCGCCGAAUCCUGCCCACAGCACGAGUACCGCUCCGACUCCGGUCGAGACUCAUUUCAAUUACCCUCAUCAGAACAAUGUCAAUGAGGGCAUAAUGCCUCAGUACAUUGAUCCUGCCAUCUCAUCUAGCGCUCCACAGCUACGGGCGCAGGCCCCGCUACUACCUAUGGACGGUCGAAGGACCCAGCCGCACCUUGCACCUCAGCUGGACCCUAGGAGGCCAGACCAGGGGAGUGGGUACAAUGUGCCCGUACCGAAGAAUCCGAUGUCGAGAGGCGUGAAGAGAAAGGCAGUUGAUGGGCCGGGAGUCCCCGGCUCUGGUAGUGUACGUUGA